UUUUAUACCACAAUAAUUUAAGCUUACAUAAGAAACGUCAAAAUUUUCAAUAUAACCUAACAAAUUUCGAUCUAGUUCUGUGAUCAAUUAGAAUGGCAGGAAGGGCGAAGGUAGAUAUCAGGGACAUCAACCCGAUGCUCCAAAUGAUCCGCAACUUCUUGCUCGGAAGAAAGCACACCUUGGCUGUCCGUUUCGAGCAUGAAGUGGCCUCCAGGUCACCACCACAACCAAUCCUCCCUGAUGGACCUUCCCAUCGUCUGAAUACCAACUACUAUUGCUGGAGGGAUGCCCGUCGCGAAGUUGCGCCACCUCUAGACCUUGCCGCACAGAAGCAAAUUGGUGAGGAGGUCUGCCUGAAACCAAGAACCCCAGGAAAGGUUCACCAGUGGGACUAGAACAGCAUAACUUUAGCAAUUGAUAGUUUUAUUGUAAGCUAACAAAUAGUUAAUAAAAUUUAGUUAAUCAAUUA